GCAGCGCUGGCGAAGCAGCUGGUGCUGCAGGAGAGACUGAAAGCUGCUGGGGAGACUGCAGAGCUGCCCACGGCGCCCCCUGCUGAAAGCCCUGUGCAGCACGCAGAGCCUGAGAAAGAGGAGGAGCUGCCGUUUGAGGAGCUGGAGGAGAGAGCCAAAGCUGGAGAUGCCAAAGCUCAAGCCGAUCUCGGCCGGCGUUACCUGCAGCUGGCGGAGCAGCAGGAAGAGGAGCUGAACAGCAGCAGGGCUGUGGACUGGCUGCUUCAGGCUGCCAGACAGGGCCGCCGGGACGCCGCCAAGCUGCUGCGGCGCUGCCUGACCCACAGACAAGGCAUCACCUCGGAGAAUGAAGAAGAGGUGAAGAGGCUUUCGACGGAGAGCAAGUUUGAGCGCGCAGUGAGGAAAGCGGCCAUGGUGAUGUACUGGAAGCUCAAUCCCGACAGGAAGAAGAAGGUGGCUGUGUCUGAGAUGCUGGAGAAUGUGGAGCAGGUCAACACCACUACGGGUGGAGCUGCCCUGGGCCCUGUGCCUUGCCCUGUCCAACACCAGAGGAAGGUCCUGGAGACCAUGGUCAGCAGUGAGACUGGUAGGUAUGUGGGUGUGGAGGACUUUGUUGAAAUCACCAGGAAGUUCACCCAGAGCAUGGCGCCGCCGCCCUCACUGAAGAGCAGCACCGGCAGCUGCAGCGAGGAGGAGGAGGAGGAGGAGGAUGAAGAGGUGAAGGGAGGAGCUCACAGCCAGCGGGUGCCGGGACAGAGCGCCGCGCUGAGCUGCGCGGGGGGGCCGCCGCCGGAGUCGGCCUACAGGAGGAUGCUGCGGGCUGGCUGGGGGGUGGGACGCAGCGGCAUCCUGGAUGCCAGCGGCCGCAGUGUGCUGAGCACAGCGCUGGACAUCAGGUCACAUCUGCUGAUCCUGCGGUUUCCGCUGCAGGUGCUGAUGGAGGUGAAGGAGCACCUGAUUGACUGGGCGUCUCGUGCUGGUAUGCAGUGGCUGAGCACCAUCAUCCCCACGCAACACGUCAAUGCUCUCAUCUUCUUCUUCAUCAUCAGCAACCUCACCAUCGACUUCUUCGCCUUCCUCAUCCCCCUGCUCAUCUUCUACCUCUCCUUCAUCUCCAUGGUGAUCUGCACCCUGCGGGUCUUCCAGAACAGCAAGGCGUGGGAGAACUUCCGCGCUCUGACCGCCCUGCUGACCAGCUUCGAGCCGGGGCUGGACCUGGAGCAGGCCGAGACCAACUUCAGCUGGAACAACCUGGAGCCGUACCUGUACUUCAUCCUGUCUGCAUUCUUCGUCAUCUUCUCCUUCCCUGUGGCGGAUAAGGCCUGGAUCCCCUGCUCCGAGCUGUCCACCGUCGCCAUCUUCUUCACGGCGGCCAGCUACCUGAGCCUGAGCGGCGUGGCGGGCGGCUUCAUGCGGCGGGCGCUGGUGGUGGAGGUGGCGUCGUCCGUGUGUGCCAUGAGCAGCCUGCUGCCCGAGCGCAUGUGGCUGCCGCGGCUGCUGGGCCGCACCUUCGCCACGCUGCCGCUCGGCCGGUGGGUGGAGCUGCAGCUCAGCGCCCCUUGCCUGCUCUACAUGUACCUGUUCUACCUGUUCUUCCGCAUGGCGCAGCUGCGGGGCUUCCGCGGCACCUACUGCGUGCUGGUGCCCUACAUGGUGUGCUUCACGUGGUGCGAGCUGGCGGCCGUGCUCCUGCGCAGCUCCACCGCCGUGGGCCUGCUGCGCACCUGCGUCGCCUACUUCCUCUUCCUGUUCGCGCUGCCCGUGCUGGCGCUGGGGCUGGCCGCCAUGCUGCUGGUGCAGCUGGUGAAGUGGUUCCUGGAGCUGGAGUUGACGAAGAUGCUGGUGACGCUGGCGGUGUGCGCGGUGCCCGUGACGCUGCGGCUCUGGACCCGAUUCAGCCUGUCGCUGCUGGAUGUGCUGCGGGCGCUCACCCACAGCAACCUGGUCAAGCUCAUCCUGGUGUGGAUCUCGGCGGUGAUCCUGUUCUGCUGGGUGUAUGUGUACCGCUCCGAGGGCCUGAAGGUGUUCAACUCCACGCUGACGUGGCAGCAGUACGCGGAGCUGUGCGGGCCGCGGGCGUGGCGCGACUCCAGCGUGGCGCAGACACAGAUCUUCUGCAGCCACCUGGAGGGCCACCGCGUCACCUGGACCGGCCGCUUCAAAGGCGUGGUGGUGGCAGAGACGGAGAACGGCCCGCAGGCUGUCAUCAACCUGCUGCCCGUCUUUGCUGGAAACUGGCUGCGCUGCCUGUACGGCGAGGCGUACCCCAGCUGCGAGCCGAGCAACGCCUCCCUCACAGCCCCCCUCACAGCCGCCCCCACCCCCCCCCCCACGCCCCCCCCCACACCCCUGCAGCAGCAGGAGGAGCUGGAGCUCUGCAGCCUCAAGGCUCUCGCUAAGCACCACUGCCACGUCAAGCGCUUCGACAGCUACAGGUUCGAGGUGACCAUGGGCAUGCUGCCGGACGAGGGCGAGGGGCGGGGCGAGGCGCAGGCCGAGCUGCGGGACGAGCCCCAGGACAUCGUGCUGAGAGCCAGUAACGAGUUUAAGCCGGUGCUGCUGAACAUGCACGCGGGCCGGCUGGUGGAGUUCAGCAUGGUGCUGGAGGGCCGGCUGGGCGGCAGGAGGCCUGUCUUCGAGCUGCGCUCCAUACACUGCCUCAACUGCCGCUCCAGGCUCAUGCCCGUCGGCAAGCAGUACAAGAUCGAGCCCGACUGGAAAGGCACCGCCCUCAGGGCCAUCAAAUUCGCCUUCGACUUCUUCUUCUCGCCCUUCCUGUCAGCCCGGGUCGGCGUGUAGGGCUGCCAGCAUGGUCGUGGCCCUGUGAUGACCUGAUUACGGUAACCGUGGUAACCAGGUGCCUUAAUCACUGCGGUAGUUUGCAUGUCCGGUGUGCUGUGAUUGGCACUGUAGUGUUCGUAUAGGAGCAGCAUACAGCCGAGUAGCGCUGGAGUCUCAUCGGCCUGUCAGCCACAGCACUGUGCUCUCGCUCCCAGACUCUCCUGUCUCUGUCAGCAUCUGCCUGCUUCCACCCCUGCCAUUCUGUGUGCCUUUGACUCGAU